UUUUCUGAGGCAUGUAAAUUGGAGAACAUAUGUUAUAACCGAAUUUAUUUGGCGCUGCAUGCUGCACAUAAAGUCGUUUUGAACGCUGCUCAGCGCUGCUCAUGCGCCAAAUUAUCCGCGCCGGCGUCCUGCGCAUGCGCAAAUCAUUAACUCUUGCGGCCGAACUGGGCAGCAUGACUCUCUUCCACUUCGCCAACUGUCUCGCUCUUACCGUCGCUCCUUACUUCAUCCUCUACCGUUUCUCCGGACUGAAUGAGGUGCCGUGGAGCAAGUGCGUCAAGUCCGCCGUCGGAUAUGUCGCCACCCAGCUAGUCAAGAUGUUACUGCUGGCCACAGCCUUCCCUGUGAGUGCAGUUCAGACUGAGAGAGAUGACCUCAUUCGAGUGGCUCUCACGUGCACGGUGGACGUGAUAGACCUUCUGGGGAUAUACGUCUGUCUGACCAAGUUUAGUGCUCGCUACGAAAACAGUGCAGUCAAGACUAAAGUCCUCUCCACUGUUGUAGGUUGGGGUGUGACAGAGGUGGUGGCUACAAGAGUCGUCCCUCUCUGGGUGGAGGCGAGAGGCGUCGAGUUCAGCUGGAACAGUCUCUUCACGGGACUUGACGCCAACAUCUCCCUGGUGUAUCUGGCGUCUACAGUGGCUCUCCUGUGGAUGUGGAGCAGACCUGACUUCAACCAGACCCUCCUCCCCCUCCUCCUCUCUCUCCUCCUCUCUCUCUGCUACUCCCCUCUCUUCCUCUACCUCCUCUCCUUCUCCUUCUCCCCCACCCCCUCUCUCCUCCUCCUCACCAGACUGGGGGUGGGGCUGGUGACCGGGUUCCUCUCUCUCCUCCUCUUCCAUGGCAUGAGCAAUGGGAAGACCAAAGUUCAAUAGUCGCCCAAUAUCCAUUGACACUAUCACUUUACACCAUUCAUUUGUACAAAACAACAACACAAGAGUAUCACAAUAACUUACAAGAAAGAAGUGCAUUGUAUGACUGUGUAUUACUAUAUAUACGUGAUUUGAAGAAAAAUAAACCAAUUAAGGGUAAAGAAAGUAACGGCGAGAGAGAAUAGUGAACACGAGAGAAAAGAUGUGCAUUCAAGUCUGGCAUAAUUAUACAGCUAUUAGAUGAGUUUGGAGAUGAGAUCGUUGACUCUCUGUUGAUCCUGUUUCAUUGCAUCGCUGCUGCUGGCGUCCCCGAGGCUCUCUGUGUACUCACUGAGGACCAUCCUCACGCCGGCCAGCGUGUCUCGGUGCUGACUCAGCAGGGUCUGGAUCCGGGUCCGGAUGGCUGGAAUGGAACAGAGGUACAGCUCUGCCAUCACGUAGUCCACCAGCUGGAGCGUGAACAGCCCUGCGUCCAGGCGAUGGAGAUACGCCUCAGUGUCGUCCUCCUCAGUCGCCCCCCCGUCCAGCUGCCUCUCUCUCUUUAUCUCCUCGUCAGCCAGGGUCACCCGUCGUUUGUACUUGAAGUGCAGCUCCAUGAGUCUGUCGACUUUCUCGCAGUCAUUCUCCAGAAACUUCCCAACCAGCCGGUCCCGAGAGGCUCCCUGCACGUUCCUGAAGAGAGAGGCUAUGAUCGACGACAUGUGCUCCUCCAACUCCUGCUCCGAACCACUCGUCCCUUUCUUUGAUGAUUUCGGAGGUUUCAUGAAAACCGGGAACAGACUGCGCAGUCCGUACACCUCAACAAACUUGACACAGUUCUCCGUGCCCUCGGCGUUGCACAUGGCGUGGUUGAGCACCUUGAGCGCCGACCGACGGGACAUUUUCUUCUCUUUCAGCAUCAAUAUCAUGAGCUGGAGCCCCUCCCCCUUCAAGAAACGCUCCCGAUUUGGGGUGAACAUGAGGGCGGAGCACAGACAGUCAAACAGGUUCUCCAUCAUCUCGAUCUCGUCCAGCGUCUGCGGGUCUCGCCUCUUGUAGUAGGCCAGGGCCUGGAGGAGGUUGUCGAUGCCGUCUUUCUCGCCGAGAAGCCGCUGGUUCGUCUCGUUGCUCUGGAGUAAGAUGGCGACAAUCUCCACCACGUACAGCUUGUUGGCGUCAAACUGCCGGACUCGGAGACGGCGGAGGAGCCACGUUAUGAGCCCCUGUUCGCCGGCCGCCAGACACACCUCACUGUUCUUGAACUCUGACAUGUUCUCGACGAUGUAGAGAAUGUUGUGGACGCCGUCUGCGUCCUCUCGGACCUUCUCGUCCAGCCUGUCGAGGACCUGGACCAGCAGAGCCACUACCUGUUCCUUGAGCAGAGCAUCGACGAGUCCCUCCACCU